UUUAAUUGGAUUUUUAUUUUAUUAUUAUUUCAGGUGAUGAGAUGGGUGAUAGAGAGGCUUAGUGGUAGAAGAGGCAACGUAGCUUCUCUCUUUUUAUGGCGGUGACUCACAAAGUUUUCUUUUUAUUGAGAUAAACCGUGUUAAAAUGAUUUCUAGAAGCUUCGUCGGAGAGAUUCAGUCCGGUUGAUGAUCGGAGCUCCGGUUACCGUCGGAGGAGACGAGUUAGAGCGUUUAUUUGUUGUUUGUUGCUGUUUCCUAAGAGGAAAACGAGUUUUUUUUUAUAUGGUAAAUACGGAGAAGAGAGGAAAAUGAAUGGGCAUAGCAACGGAUUCAGUAGUGCGGCGGCGGUUGCGGCGGCUGAGCAUAUAAGGAGACAUCAUCUGCAUGAGAUAGGAGAGAAUCAGUGUAGUUCAACUCUCAUUAAACACAUGAAAGCUCCUGUUCCUCUCGUUUGGUCUUUGGUGAGGAGAUUCGACCAACCUCAGAAGUAUAAACCCUUUGUCAGCAGGUGUAUUGCACAGGGAAACCUCGAGAUUGGAAGUCUUAGAGAAGUUUAUGUCAAGUCGGGACUUCCGGCUACUACAAGUACUGAAAGAUUGGAACUCCUUGAUGAUAAUGAGCAUAUCCUCAGCAUCAGGAUUGUUUGUGGUGAUCACAGACUUAAGAACUACUCUUCAAUCAUUUCACUCCAUCCGGAGAUCAUCAACGGAAGACCGGGGACAUUAGUGAUCGAAUCCUUUGUGGUGGAUGUCCCUGAAGGGAACACACAAGACGAGACAUGCUACUUUGUUGAAGCUUUGAUCAAGUGCAAUCUCAAAUCACUCGCGGACAUCUCGGAGGGGCUAGCCAUCCAAGACCGGACUGAACCCAUUGAUCUAUGAAAGUCGGGAACGGAGGAGAUAUAAAAAUAAGGUGGUGGCUGUAAUUGCCAUGGAUGAAGCUUCAAAGGCUUUUUCAUAUACGGAAGGGCUUUAAGGAUGGACUGGCAAUUGUGGGUGUUCCCAUCUUCUACACCAUUAACUCAGCAUUGUACCGUGUCAUUGGGUCUGUCAUGUUUUAUUUGAACUUAAUGUGUUGGAUUUCCUGUCUGUAGUAGAUGAACCACAUUUGUUAUAAACUUUAUUCUAUUAGAGGUUUAAAAAGAAAA